AUUUUCUCUUUCAUUCCGUCUCCAGCCUGCCAUCCACCAUCUUCAACAACUCGACAUAAUGGCUGAAGUCGUAGUCGGCGUUCUUGAGAGUGGAAUAAUGAUUUUGGGUUUCGUGGUGAGGUUCAGACAACUCGCAUCGAAGCUUAGAAAUGCGGACGAUUGGAGAAGAUAUUGUGACGGCUUGGAAACACUCCACUGUAUCUCAACUGCUAUCGAGGAAGUCAACCGUUCCACCUCUGGCUCGAACACGCUCACAGUGACUAUUGGAGGCAAAACCGAAAACCUCCUAAAUUACUGUAAUUCACAACUCGAGCAAGUUGUAACAAUUGCACAAAGGUGUUCUAAACAGGAUCGAAUAUCCCCAAAACACAAAGCGAAGAGUAUUCAAGGCUUUCUUUGCGGGACUGCGUGAUAGAUGGGUAUUUGUAUUGAAGGAUGCGGAUAUUCUAGAUUUGAUUAGGGGCGUUUAGUUCGCGAAGACAUCGCUCAUCCUCGCAUUGCAAGUUAUUUCGCUGUCCUGUAGUGCCAAAUCAAAUGAUUCAAGCCACCG